UCCGUUCAGUCAUCUGGUAUCUUUUGCGAGAGCUUGGUCGUUUCGUUUGAAAUCUUCUCGGCCGGUUUUGGAAUUUUGUUGUUUGAUGCUUUUCACGGUUUUGCAAUUGGAAUUGGAAGUGGAAUAGCUCCGAUUUCGCAUAGCUUAGAGAUUUAACACAUCAGCAAGUUUGUGUUCGAGAUUGGUGCUUUCAAAAAUUGUAUCUCUAAAAACCCGUGAAUAUUAAUUUCAUUUUGAUUCGGAUCAAAUAUACGUACCUACUAUGGCUACGGUUCCUUGCGUGCGGAAUUGAUAUUCGAAAGAUAAAAGAACUCAGCCAACCAUCCACCCCUAUCUCUAUCCCGUUUUGAAAACAUCAUCGACAGAAAAACAAGGCCUAUUAAGGAUUUUCUUUCUAUUGCUUUGAACGCAUGGGUAGCCUCUAAAGUGCCAAAUAAAAAAAAGGAUCAAAAAAGCUCAUAUACCAUAUACCAACGGCAACGGCAACAACGACGAGUGACGGUAAUACGACGAGUAACGGUAUUUGUGUGUAUACAAACAGAAAAUAUCGAUGAACGGUUGAUAAAUGAUUCGAUUGUGCUACUGACAGCUGUGAUUUUUUCGGGUUGCAGUUCAAUGUUAUGUUAUUAACAAUAAAAUGUGUUAGCUUCUUCUAUAGGUACCAUAUCCAUAUCUAAAGUAAGUCAAGACAUGCCAAAUCCUUGCGUUUAAAUUGCUUGAGCCUAUAUACGAUACGAAUAGGAAUACGAAAUAAUAUACGAAGCUUUUAUGUGCCUUCGAAUUAAACUGUGUAACAACCACCUUUUUUCCACAUGUGCUAUAAAUUUAAUUAAACCCUAUAAGGAUAAUCGCUAACGCCUUCUGUUUGCGUGAUACAAUCGACUUGGAGGAGAGUAUAGUAUAGUGACAGCGACGAAGUUGAAGACGAAACUGAAGCUGAAGCCGAAGGGAGCAAAGAAUACUGGAAGUGGGUGAUAUCCUGUCAGAUAAGAGAGCAGCAGCCAUACGAAAGCAAAUUUCCUUUCCUUGAAAGACGUCCUCAGAUAACGGCUUCAAAACGUUGUCGGAUUUACUUAAAAAUUUCCAAUCCUUAUGGAUAACGAGCUGGUGUAGCUCAGAUCUACACAAGAGAAAACGUUUACCUAAGGAUAACUUGAAAAAGAGGAAACAAGGCGAUUUAUUCUUUGGCAGGAGCACAGACCUGGAAACAUUAGAGACGAAAUUCAUCAACAGCUCUCUGGAUAACAUGGACGACAUGGUAUUCCAGAAUAAUAAUAAAAACGCCAUUUAUGUACUUAAUACCAGCUAUAACACAUACGGGGAAUUUGGUCGUCCUAACGCCUUUGGUUAUCCCCAAAACAACUCGGAUGAAAUUUACAGCAACCCCAAGAAUUGUUCACUUUCAAGAAGUCUACAUAAAUUGAAAAGUUUACGACACCAUUCCAGCGAAAUGAUUGCGGGCGGUGCUACGAGUACCGUAGAGAGUAAUUCAUCAUCAAUGACAUCCUGUUCGCCCGCUGCGGCCGCUUUACAAAAGCUAUUCAAUUGCAGCAGUAGUACGGUCCACAGCUGCAGAAGUAUUAAUAAUUAUAGAAACACCAAACAAAACAACAACUGCCAUUCUCCCAAUAGUCAUAUAAGUCCUGACUUGAGCCAUCAUCAUGGUACUAGCAAUGAUCCCCAAACGGGAACACAGUCCCAUCCGGUGCAUCACCCGCAACUAGAAUACCAUCAUUUGAUGGAGAACCAAAUGUCACUAUCGUUACGUGGCAGAAACAACAGUACUUCCGGUAGCGGCAGUGGUGGUAAUGGUAGUGGCUCAAGUUGCGUGCUUCCUUGCGUAGGUGGCGUAGGUGCCGGCAAGAAGAAACAUUUCAAUUCAUCUAACUCCGUUAAAUCAGCGCUAAUUGCCAAGAAGACAAAGUUUUGGAAAUACUUAGUCGAGGAAGAGAAAUGGCGGAAGCAUAGUGAUGAGAAUUUACCAACUACCAACAACUGUGUACGCGACCGAGAAAGAUUUAUUGAAAAGCUUUCACUGAGCAGCAAACCAAACUCAAACGAUAACCACACCUCGAAUGCCGAUGCACAAAAUGAUGGAAGAAUUACCCAAGCUAUUAAUAACCAUUCUAGCAAAAAUAAUUCAAGAAGCUGCAGCGGCAGCAACCUAAAUAAUAGUAAUUGGAGCGGAAACAGCGAUACGAAUAAAAAUAACAACAGCAACAUUAAUCAAAAAUCAAGCGCCGAACUAUAUAAGGAAGCAGCCCAACUCCUAGGACUUUCCUGCACCCUAUGUGAUAACUGCCGAUGCCUCGAUUGUCAAAGUCGUUACUUCGAAUGCGAUGACUCUGACAGCUAUUCGGAAUUUUCUUUCAUGGACGAAUACUUCGAAUCCCUACCGACGGAAGUCGAUAGAAAUUUCCAUCAUCGCACAUCGCCAAGUUUGCAUCAACAGCACCACUCCCAAGAUGAAAUUAGUAGCGUUUGCGAAGAUCAGCAGCCAGCGAGUGCCGAUUUUGAAAACAACGUACUUGACCACUGUGAAUCCCUUAACGAUUUAACUCUCGAGGAGAACUGUAUUGAGAACGAGGACUAAUUAGUGCUUUCAUGCCAGGAGCAAAACAACAUACAAAAACAAAACAGAAGGAAACUACGCCAAGGACCCACUCUCUCUCUUUCCAUUUCAGCCAAGCAAAAAUCAACAUACAAAAAAAACGAAAAAUAAGAAAUAAAAUCCAAUCCCACGAGGAAGCUUACAUAACGGAUCAUAGCUUACUGCCCCAUUUAUGGAAUUUAAAAGUAUCUUAAAACUUCUUGCAUUACAUAUUCUUCGUGUAUCCUUUAUUUUUAUAAGAUUCAAAACGCGCUGCGACGCACUGGAUGUGUGUAUGCAAAUUUUUCACUUAUCAAGUAUUCCACGGCAACGACAACUUGUAGCAAGAGAGUCCUUUGUGAAGCGCAGCAACAUCACCCACCAGAUGGUAAUUGAAUACAAAAUUAAAUAUCGACUCUAUCAGAACUUUUAUUCCCAUCCCAUAACCAUUAUCCUUCGGGCAAAUGGAGUUUUCUUUCUCAUUUUCAUUUAUUUCGUUUUACUUUUUUCGCUUUAAUAUAAAUAUGAAAAACGAAUUACACAAUAAACUGUGAAUGCCGUAAAUUAAUUUCCAGAAAAUUAUUGAAAAUUACAUUUUCUCUCAAUUUUAUUUUAAUGAAUAGUUUAUGUAUAUAUUUAUUGUUUAAAUUUUGAUUUUAAUUUAUGAAAAUGAUUUUAUUUGCCUUUUUUAAAAAUGUUUAACUCAGACCGGCAUUUUUAAUUGAGUCUCUUUAAUUUAUUUACUAUUUAACAAACAUGUUUAUUUUUUUAUUCAUAGUUUCAUAUGAUUUGUAAUGCAAGCACAAAUGUAAAGAAAUAAUUCUGGAAUAUUUUUAAAAUACUCAAUUUGAACAGAUACAAUUUAAAUUAUUAAAAAUUAUAUAGGUAUUUAUAUUUCCAGUGAAAAUAUGAUUUUGUAUUGAAUCCUUAUAUACAACAAUCAAAAGUAUUAAAUAAAAUAUACGCAUGUUUUUUUUAUGUUAUAAGCUAAAAAUACCUUUUUCAUUGACAACAAAAAAAAACUUUAAAAACAGUAACUUCCCAAAUCCGCAACAACAACACUAUUUAAAAAAAAUAGAUGCAUAAGAACCUGUGCCAAAACUAAUGUAUUUAACGUACCUUUAGAUAAAACAUAUAAUCUCAAACUUGUUAAACAAAAUUGUAGUUUUACUUUAAACAAAAAUAAAAUCAUAUGAAUUGUUACAAAAAUGAGAUUUAAUAUUAAAAUCUUUAAACAAAUAAAGAACGUUAACAUAUACUAGAUAAAUGUUUUAUUCUUUUUUUGUUUUAUUAAUUUUUCUUAAAAAUAAU